CCCCUGAGCCAAAACUCCCACGGUUACGUUCUCCGCCUGUCCGAUGGACGCGCGGAGUCUGAGCCGCCUGAGCUCAGAGGAGCUCCAAGCGCAGUUGCAGGAACGCGGUUUGCCCACCAACGGCAAGAGAUUCACUUUGGCGGAACGCCUCAGCGCCGCUCUGCAGGGCCAGGGUCAUGGUCCCGAGUCCAAAGCAAGAGUCGAAGGAGUUCAAGCUGGAGGAGCAAAGUCAGCGGGGCGUGUUCGGAGCGAGACGUCUCGCUCCCGCUCCCGAUCUCCCAACAUGGUGACCUUGAAAAAAGCCAAAGCACAGGGCUUGCGCUUUCUGGCGGAAGACAUUUGUGCUGUGGGUCUCCAAGCCUCCUUGGCCUCGCUGGAUGCUGCGGUGGCCGCUGGGAGCGUUCCCAGCAAGCUGCUGAAUGAGCUGGAAAGCAAGCUGUCGACUUGCAUUAGCAUGGUUGAGAUGGCACAGCCAAAACCUCCGAGCUGACACGCGACGUGCGGAGAAGAAAAAGUGGCCUUCGCUGUCUGGUGAAUGGAGGGAGCAGUGAACAGAGUGAUGGUUGCAUGUUGAUAUUCUGGAGAGAAAAAAUAAUGGGGAGCUGAGGAGCCAC